AUGAAUAAUAAUUAUUUUGAAAAUAAUAAUACAUAUAUGGAAUGGAAAUUAGAUGAAAAGAUAUAUAAAACAAUUGUAGGAGCUUUAGGUUCUUGUAAUAGUUCAAAUAAUAGUGUACAAGUAGAAGUGACAAAUGUAUUAAAAGAUUUAAAUGAGAAUGUAGCCGAUGCUGCUUUAUAUUUAUUACAUAUAUUUAUGAAUAAACAAGAAAAUAAUGAUGUAAGACAAGUGGGUGGUUUGUUAUUAAAGAAUUAUAUAAAUUCAAAAAACAAGUUUUUAAAUAAUGAUAUAUUAAAAGUAAUAAAGAGUGAAAUAUUUAAAUUAGUAGAGGAUGAAGUAAAGGAAAUAAGAAAUACAUCAGGAUCUGUUAUAACAACUAUAUUAACAAAAUAUGAGGGAAUAGAACAAUGGCCAGAAGCUUUAUAUAAUUUAUUAUUAUUAAUAGAACGUGGAAAUAAUGAUGUAGUAGAUGGAGCUUUUAGAGCUAUAUUAAUUAUUAUAGAAGAUGAAUUAAUGAAUAGAAAAAAUAGGGAUUCUGUUUUUUUUCAAUUUUGUAAAAGUCAAUUAUUACAAAAAUUAUUUCAAUUUUGUUCACCACAAGAAAAAACUAUAAGAAAAAAAUAUGCAGCUGAAUGUUUAGAUUUAUUUAUAUCCUCUUCAUGUUUUACAACUAAUGGAGUAUUUAAUGAUAUGUUCCCUCAAUUGUGGGAAUGUUUAGGAUAUUUAGCAUCUGAGGAAGAUCCUCAAAUUUUAAAAAUUGUAGUAAGUUGUAUGACAAUAAUAACAGAUACAAGAUAUUCUUCUAUAUUUAGCAACUUAGAUGCGAUAAUACAAUUUAUGGUAAAUGCAACAAAUUCAAAUGAUAGAAAAGUUCAAUUGGAAGCUUUAGAAUUUUGGCCAAUAUUUAUAAAAGAUAGGAGUUAUGUGGCUUAUGCUAGUUAUAAUAAUCCAAAAUCUGAAAUGAAUAAAUCUGAUAGUAAUUAUAUUGAUGAAAAUGUAUAUAAGAAUAUGAAUGAAUUAAGAACUCAAGCUCUAAAAACAUUAAAAAAUUAUUUACCAUAUUUAUGUAAAAUUUUAAUAGAUAAUACUGUAUAUACCAAAUGGGAUUAUUUAACAAUGGAUGAAUCACAUUUUCAAAAUGACAAUGCAAAUGUUCCAGAUUUGAUUCAAGAUAUAUCUCCAGAAUUAUAUAAUAAUAAAAAUAAUGAUAUAGCUCAAGAGGAAAUUAAAAUAAGCAAAAUGAACAACAUUAAUAGUAAUAGUAAUAAUAAUAGUAAUAAUAAUAGUAAUAAUAAUAAUAGUAAUAAUAAUAAUAAUAGUAACCUUGGUAAUAUAAAUAAAGAUAAUAUAAAUAGUAAUAAUAAUAUACAUGGUGAUAAUAAUAAUUUAUUUAAUAAUGAUAAUAAUAUGCUCUCUAAUAAGAAUGAUGAUAUUAUGAUGACUCCAAAUAAUAAUACAGAAGAUUUUAGUGAUGAUGAUUUAGAUGACAAAAAUGAUGAAAUGUCUUCUAGAACUUGGGGGAAUGAUUGGACUGUGAGAAAAGGUGCUGCUUUGUGUUUAGAUUAUUUAUCAAAUGUAUAUAAUGAUGAAAUAUUAGAAUUUAUUUUACCACAUAUAGAAGAGAAAUUAAUGAGCGAUGAAUGGAAUAUUAGAGAAAGUGCUGUUCUUACACUUGGUGCUAUUGCUAAAGGUUGUAUGUAUAGCUUAUCUCCAUUCAUACCAAAAGUAUUAGAAUAUUUAAUAAAAUUAUUGAAUGAUGAAAAACCAUUAGCUAGAAGUAUAUCGUGUUGGUGUGUUACAAGAUUUUCUUCAUGGAUUUGUCAUCCAGAUAAUUGUGAAAGGUGGUUUGAACCUGUUUUAUUAAAUUUAUUGAAAAGGAUAUUAGAUAGUAAUAAAAGAGUACAAGAAGCUGCAUGUUCGUCUUUUGCAAAUUUAGAAGAAGAUGCAUUAGAAUUAUUAAAUAAUUAUUUACAUGAAAUAGUUCAUACUAUUCAACAAGCUUUCCAAAUAUAUCAAGCAAAGAAUUAUUUCAUUUUAUUUGAUGUAGUAGGAACAUUAAUAGAUAGUGUUAAUAUUGUUAAAGAAAAUAAUGAAUUAGCACAUCAAGUUGUUUAUGCAAUAUUAAGUAAAUGGGUUAAUAUACGUAUUAGUAGUCCUUAUAUUAUUGCAUUAAUGGAAUGUAUGUCAUGUAUAACUAGUGCUUAUGGUAAAGAAUUUUUGAAAUAUGCAAAAGAUGUUAUAAGAACAUGUAUAAAAUUCUUAGUUAUAUUAUAUAUUGAUUUAGAAGAAGAAGUAAAAUAUUUUUAUUCCAAAAAAUUAUUUAAUUCAACUUCAUUUAUUAGUAAUAGAAAUAAUAUAUCAUCAACAGCAAAUGAAUUAUUAACAUAUUAUAAAAUUACAAAUGAUGAUUAUUUUAUAUGUAUGAAAGAUAUUGAUAAUAUAUCUCCAUCUAAAAAAAAAGAUUUAAUUGAAUGUAGUUUUGAUUUAUUAUCAAGAAUAUUAAGUGUUAUUAAUUCAAGUAUUAUGGAUAUUUUAAAUGAAAAUCAAUAUAACUUUAUACCAUUAGUACAUAAAUAUUGUUUGAAAUUACAAAAUAUCAAAUUUGAUGAUUUCAAUAAUAAAAUUAUGAAUAACCAUGAACAACUUCGAAAUAUUAUUAAUCCAGAUGGAACAUUACAAAAUGGUUAUAUUAUGGGAGAUAAAAAUGAGUAUAGUGAGCUAGCCAAACAAUUUUUAAAUUUUGGAAUAUUACAAUCCAAUUUUGCAUUAAUAGGGGAUAUAUCAAGAUUUUGUCCACAAUAUUUAAUAACAUAUUUAAAUGAUAUCAUACCAUUUUUAAUAGCUCAUAUUACUCAUCCUUCAACACCUGUUUCGAAUAAUGCAAGUUGGGCUAUUGGUGAAAUAAGUAUACAUAUUAAUUCUGAAUAUAUGGAAAUAUAUGUAGAUGAAAUAACAAAACAGCUUAUAUAUAUUUGUCAAAAUUCAAAAUAUCAUGGAUGCUUAUUACAAAAUAUUUGUAUUACAUUUGGAAGAUUAACUUCUACUUAUCCAAAAAAACUUAUAUUUUACUUUCCACAAUUUUUAAAAACAUGGCUAAAAAUUAUGGCACAUGGAACUCAAGAAAAUGAAAAAAUUAAUUCACUAAAAGCUGUUCUAGAAACUUUAUAUAUUAAUUUAGAUCUAGCAGCUGAAAAUAUCAAAGAUAUUGUAUAUAUUAUCCUAAAGUAUAAAUAUGUAUCACAAAAUGUCAACAUUUUUUUCCAUCAAUUUUUAGCAACCAUCAAAGAAAAAUAUCCCAAUCAAUGGAAGGAAAUCUAUAGUCAAAAUGGAGACGCACUUUCAUCCCCAAUUCCAACUGACAUGUUAAGUGAUUUGGCUACCCGGUUUAAUUUGUAA